CUCAACGAAAAGUUGCUGAGAAGCGAGCUUCGGCAAAUAUCAACAGCUGGGGAAAGCAAAUCAUAAGUAAACACAAAGGACAGGACCGGAAAACCGCACAGGACGAAGGAUAAACGUGGUAGUUGCCAUGAGAGCAGCCUCGGGUGUUGACCAGGAGUGAAAGGAUCCGGGGGAAGAGGACCAAGAGACCAAAGGAGCAGCAGAAGGAGCUGCAACAGCUGCAACAGCAACCCAAACAGCUGCAACAUCCACGAGCAACGAGCAACAACGAGGGCAACAAUAAGAACCGCCAGAGACAACACCCGCAAUCAAAUCAAAUUCAAAGAUGCAAAUUACAAUUUGCAUACAAAUGCAUGCGGACCAGACAGCCAACAUCAGCACAAACUGCAGCACAAAUAACAAAAGCCUCGCAAAUUGUUGUCAAAUGCUGUAAAAUUGUACAGAAUAAUUCUAAAGCACACUUGCAAACAUAUCAUUGAGCGGGUGUCGGGUUCAAAUCAAAUCCACAAGUCAACAUGAUCAAGGGCAUUCUGAUACAGCGCAAGAGCCAGGAGGAUGCCAGCUACGCCAAGCAGCUCAAGAUGGAGCACGCCGAUCUGGUGGCCGAGAUGCAGACGGUGGAGAGCCUGCCCACCCACGAGAGGCUCCAGCUGGCCAGACUACGUCGUGCCCAGCAGCUCAAGUUGUCCCGGCAGAAGGACAAGGAGUGGGCCAAGUUGCAGCGGGCGAAGGGCAACACGGCGAGCGGAGGCAGCGGAAGCGGAAGCGGAUCGGUGGGCAACGCGCUGAUGAACGGCAAUGGAGAUACCACGCACCACUUCCGGCACGCCAAUGGGUCGGGCACUUUGAGCGGCAGGCGGCACAUAUCCUUCGAGAACAGUGUGGUGCUCCUGGAGGCCGCGUCCCGCAACGACAUGCCCGAGGUGGCGGCCCUCCUGCAGCACGGAAUCACGCCGGAUGCCGCCAACGAGGACGGGCUGACGGCGAUGCACCAGGCCUGCAUCGAUAACAACGUCGAGAUGCUGCAGCUCCUGCUGGAGUACGGUGCGAAUGUGGAUGCGCAGGACAGUGAUAAGUGGACGCCCCUCCAUGCGGCCGCCACCUGCGGCCACCUCGAGCUCGUGCGCAUCCUCAUCCGGAACGGCGCCAAUCUGCUGGCGGUCAACACCGACGGCAACAUGCCCUACGACCUGUGCGACGACGAGAACACCUUGGACUUUAUCGAGGGCGAGAUGGCGCAGCGGGGCGUCACCCAGGAGCUGAUCGAUGAGACGCGCUCCUCCACGGAGCGGAUUAUGCUGCGGGACCUGAUGGAGCUGGUCCGCACCGGAGGCGAUUUGGAGGAGCCGGACUACCAGUGUGCAACACCCCUUCACAUAGCCGCUGCCAAUGGAUAUGUCCGUGUCGUUGAGUUUUUGUUGGAACAACAUGUCAACGUGGAUGCUAUGGACAAGGAUCUGUGGACUCCGGUUCACGCCGCCGCCUGUUGGGGUCAUCUUGAGGUGCUGGAGAUGCUGGCUCAGUGUGGUGCUGAUUUAAAUGUUCGCAACAAGGACGAUGAGACGCCCUCAGAUAUCUGUGAGGAUCCCGAGAUCAGGGAGCGUAUCGAGCAGCUGAAGACGGAGCAGGAGAGCAAACGACUGGCCGAGGCGCAGCGACGACGCGUUCGACGCUCACAAAGCAACAAUACUAGAGCCCAAUCAGUGCGACGUACUAGUUUGCGGGACAAAACGCUGACAACCAAAAAGGAUGCCGUCGAGGAGACGCGUCUGCGUCUGCAGGCCCAGGAGGCGACGGACUCGGAGGCUCCCUCCGCGGGCGCAGAUCCCCUGACCAAUGGCUACGGCUACGGCAACAACAACGGCGAGAAGCGACCCUCGACGGGCAGUUCGAAUGGCCAACUGCUGCCGCACUCCAAGUCCGCCGAUGCGCUGGACAAUGCCACGAUGGCAUCGGCCACCACCACACAUUCCUAUCCAUCGCGUCGUCCGCCGGACGGGCGGGAGAACGACGAGCUGCUCCGCCUGAAGGCCGCCGGUGCCGCGGGCGAAGUGCAGCGGGCCACCUCGGCGGCGGCCGUGAUUCUCACCGAGAAGGGAACGGCGGCCAGUGCCGAGGCCGUUCAGAUCCAAUCGUCCAAGGAGGCUGCCAACGGCAAGAUCAACGUCCAGGUCACCGUCCUUGUGGACACCAACAGCACGCACCACCAUCAGCAACAUCAGCAGCAGCAGCAACAUGUGCUGCUGUUGCAGCAACACCAGCAACAUCAGCAGCAGCAACAGCAACAGCAGCAGCAGCAACAUGUUACCUUGGACGGCUAUAGUGCCACAUUGGCCAAUCUGAAGAAGCAACGCUCGCUUUCACGCACCGCCAAUGUACUCAAUAAUUUCGAACUGUCAUCCCAAACAACCAGCAAUACCCAUCCAAUUGCAGCCGCAACUGCAAUUGCAACAUCCACUAAUGGUUCUGUUUUAGGAGCCGGCGGCAGCAGCAGCAACAACAACAACAACAACCUUAGCACCAGCAACAACAACAACAAUGGAUCAGCCCCGAUCUCGACGCAACCAACGACGAUGGGUGGUCACAUGGGUCCCGGAAGCCUGCUGUCCGACUUCGAGGUUUCCUCGCCGGCAGGAAGCUCUCUAAACAAGUUCAGCGGCAUCACCGGCGAUGUGGUCACCGAUAGCACCAGUUCCAGUCGCAGAUGCUGCGUCCUGAUGUAGAAGCUAAACCAACUAACCUACUAACUAGCUACUAGAAUCACAGGGUAUUAAACCAACCAGAUUUGUCGAAGGGAUAGGCCAUUGCUUGAAUGGCACGAAAAAAAGUGUCUUUUCUUAGAUUAGCCGAAUUCAGUGAGUGAAUUGUUGAAUGUUAAAAACACAAAUGCAAAUGUUGGUUUAAGAACGGGGCUCAAUUAUGUGAGCCCCCCUUGAGAAACGGCUCAAAGUCGUUGCAUUUUCCUAGCAGACACUACACUACACACACACACAACCAAUUAUACGAUACAAAUUUAUACAAAUAUACAACCAUAUGUAUACAUUUUAAAGAAUAUAUAAAGGUAAUAUUAAAUAAAUGUGAGCAGUUUACCCUAGUUGAUAUGAGAAAGCAAAAUCAAAA